AAAAAGACUUACUUUUUGUUCAAUAACUUUUUUAGUAUAUCUAAUUAUAAGGGAGAAUCUAAUGGCAAAUUUCCCUUGAAACAGUGAUUUUGACCUGAACGCCGUCGUUUAAAUCGAAGCAAUUAACAGAUUCCUAUUGCUCCUUCCUUGCUUGCUAACGCAGUGGAAGUGGAAAGGUGGAACUGAACGCCUAUUGCUAUAUUUAUAGCUCCCUCGGUAGAUACUGUCUCUGGGAGGGAACCACAAUAAAGCCUUAAUGAGUGGUGCUUCCAGUAGCUUACGGGCAGCUUUCUCACACUGUGUGGAGCAAGUGCGAAGCUAUGAUUACCAUCACUACCUCUGCCUCCUUGAACUGCCUCUAAAUAUGCGGAAGGCUGCAUUUGCACUACGUGCCUUCAAUGUUGAAACUGCAAGGGCUAUGGAUGUUGCUUCUGAUCCCAGGAUUGGUCUUAUGCGGCUCAUCUGGUGGCAAGAAGCCAUAGACAAAAUUUAUGCCAACAAAUUAAUUCAGCAUCCCACAGCACAGGCUCUUGCAUCGGUGAUAUCUGAGAAUAAAAUUAGCAAGGCAUGGAUGAAAAGGUCUGUGGAAGCUCGGAUCAAUGAUGCAAAGAGAGAAGAAACAGAUAUACCUGAAAGUAUUGAGGAGUUGGAGAAAUAUGCUGAGGACACUAUGUCAACCCUAUUGUACAUGACACUUCAAGCUGGUGGUAUCAGGUCCACUGCUGCUGACCAUGCAGCAUCUCAUGUUGGUAAGGCAAGUGGUCUUCUUUUACUACUCAAAUCAUUGCCUUACCAUGCUAGCCGCAAUCGCCAUUUUUCUUACAUACCAGCUAAAGUAGCAAUGAAGCAUAGGCUGUUGGUUAAGGAAGGAGGUCAUUCAGAAAUCCACUUGGAUUCUCGUGAGGGCUUAUGUGAUGCAGUUUUUGAGAUGGCAUCAGUUGCCAAUUCCCAUUUGUUGAAGGCUCGUGAGUUAGCUAGCACUGUGCCUGUUGAGGCUCGUAAGGUGCUUCUGCCAGCUUUUCCAGCUCAAGUUAUCUUGGACACUCUCAGUCGGGUACAGUUUGAUGUGUUUGAUUCAAGACUUGCCAGAGGGAUUCUGGGCAUUCCUCCAUUGUGGUACCAAUUGAAACUGAAGUGGAGUUCAUGGAGAGGAAAAUACUGAAAGUUUAUCUUUGCCUUUUAUCAGGUUAGAGGAUAAUUCUCCUUUAGGAAGAACUAUGUUCCAGUUGUGGUUCCUUCAAAAUAAGAGAUUGUGUCCUCAGCAAAACUUCUUUUUUUUCUUUUGAUCGGCCUCGGCAAAACAUGUUCAUAAACCCUUGAGUUACCCACUUACCAUGGCUAACAGGUAGCUUUGUUGUAUUCGAUUUUUUUAUAACUUAUAUCAAGGAACUUUGUUAAGUGAUGUAGAUGAAUUC